AUGUCCAUUUGGAUUUCUGGUAUAUCUAUCUAUCUAUCUAUCUAUCUAUCUAUCAUUAGAAGCCAUAAUAUUUUUAAUUGCAGACAAGCCAAAUAUAAUUUUCGUGAAAUGUAUCUCUAUAUGAAUGACUUUCAUGGUUUCUCGCUGCCUUACCUCGUGUCUCUUGCUCUCAAUAGGUGGGUGUCUAGCUGCCUUCGUCUGUCUCUCUUGCUCUCAAUAAGUAGGAGUCUCGCUGCCUUCGUCUGUCUCUCUUGCUCUCAGUAUGUAGAUUCUGUUAACAAUCGUUCUCUCUCUCCGUCAAUACCUUUCAUCCUUUAUUUUUCCCUUUUCUUAGCUUCCAUCUUGAAAUCUUCCCCUCCAGCCGUUUCUCGUUGGUUUGUUCGUCCCAUUCUUGCUUCUCUUUGUGCCUGUGUUUUUUUUGUCCUUGACCCUUAUCGUUCUUUUUUUUAUCGUUUCAUCUGUCCAUUCGUCCUCUCUUUUCUUUUUUACUUUCUUCUUUGGUCUCUCAUCUUUGCGGUCAGAUGCUUCUCAACAUUUGCGAUAUUGCGAGACAUUCGGGUGCUUCUACACAUUAUCUAUCUAUCUAAAUCUACAUCUAUCUAUCUAUCACAGUGUACACAUAUCUAUCUCAGUCUACACAUUAUCUAUCUAUCGAAGUGUACACAUUAUCUAUCUAUCGAAGUGUACACAUAUCUAUCUAUCUAUCUAAGUGUACACAUAUCUAUCUAUCUAUCUAUCUAUCUAAGUGUACACAUAUCUAUCUAUCUAUCUAUCUAUCUAUCUAUCUAUCUAUCUAUCUAUCUAAGUGUACACAUAUCUAUCUAUCUAUCUAUCUAUCUAAGUGUACACAUAUCUAUCUAUCUAUCUAUCUAUCUAGUUAGUCCUCUGUCCCUGUAA